AUGCUUACUGGCGAAGAUGGAGCUCAUGAUGAAAUAAUUUCACCAACAUCUAGUGAUUCAACCGACCCUAGUAAAACCAACUGUUCAAUACGUUCACUUGUCAUCUAUCUCCGUUCAAUUAUAACUCCUGAGAAUAGCAAAAAGAAAUCAUGUUUACAAGCUUUGCAAGUUUUAUUGGAGAGUAUAGUUUCGAAGAAAUUAAACCUUAUACACUUUGAAACAAGACCUCCAUUCACUUCAUGCCACACAAGUGAAGAUAUUCAGUACUCCUGUUUGGUGACUAUAAAAGCAAAUGAAGAAGAUUUGAAUUGUUUCUGUAAUUUGAUAAAUGAACAAAAACAUCCAGUCUGGUAUCCUAAACAUAUUUCUGAUUUGGACAAUUGCCGACAUUUACUACUUAAAUUUCAACCUGAAUUACAAACAGAUCAUCCAGGUUUUCAUGACAAAGCAUAUCGAAGAAGACGGGAAAAGAUUGCUGAAAUAGCAUUUAAUUAUCGAUAUGGUGAUCCUAUACCUGAAGUCCAAUACACUGAAGAAGAGAUAGAAACUUGGGGAACGGUUUUUCAAAAAAUGAAAUCUAUGCACAGUACAAAAGCAUGCAAGGAGUAUAUUGAUGGAUUUCAACUGCUAGAAAAGUAUUGUAAUUAUAAUUCAGACAGCAUUCCACAGCUUAAAACAGUCUCUGCAUUUAUGCAGCGAACAUCAGGAUUUCGUAUUAGACCUGUAGCAGGUUUAGUUACACCAAGAGAUUUUCUUGCAAGUCUGGCUUUCAGAGUGUUUCAAAGUACGCAAUAUAUUCGUCAUCAUUCACGUCCUUUGCACACUCCAGAACCUGAUUGCAUUCAUGAAUUGAUUGGUCAUAUGCCAAUGUUAGUAAACAGAAAAUUCGCUGAUUUCUCUCAAGAGAUCGGUCUUGCUUCUUUGGGUGCUACUGAUGAAGAAAUCACCAAGCUGUCAACAUUAUACUGGUUGACUGUGGAGUUUGGUUUAUGUUAUGAAAAUGGUGAAACUCGUGCAUUGGGAGCUGGAAUAAUGUCAUCUUUCGGUGAACUGGAAAAUGCAUUCAGUGAGAAUUCAGUGAAAAAACCACUGGAUAUUAACAACGCAGCUAUACAGGUAUACGACGACGUUGGAUAUCAGCAGAUCUAUUUCGUAACUGAGUCCGUUGAAUCAAUGAAGCAAGAGCUUAGAAAUUAUUUGAACAGCACAACAAAGUCAAUCGUGGCAACUUAUGAUCCAGUUACUGAAACCGUCCAUAUGAAACCAAGGUAUAUUGUUCGACAGGAGAUUACACAUCGUAUUAAAGAAGAAAUCGAUCAGUUGCACUCAUUGCUUAAGCCCGUUAAAUCAACAGGAUAG